GCGGCAAAAAGUUAAUAAUAAUGUAAAUAUUUUAUAUAAAUUCUAAUUACCAAAGAAUUGUUGAAUAUUACUAGUCAAACAUAACAUUGCUGCUUUCAGAAUAAUCUUAUUCAAUAGCCGAUAGGCUUGAAUAGUCUUUAAAGUUUGUGUCAGCUAAGAUUCCGAAGUGUUUAUUUCUAUCAUCUGUACUUUGCUAUUCUCUACAUCAGCAGGGAAAAUAGUCCUGAACAUUAUCAAGAUAUAAAUAGAGCAACGAUGUAACACUAACAAUCACCAAAAUAGAAGACUACUUCCUUGAAUGAUUUGUACAAUAUCAAGAGUGAUAAGAAAGAUAAUUCCUAGAUUUGGGCGUAGAAAACCAUUGGCAUCAGAAGUACUAUCAUGUCAUCUUAGGCAACGUCAACUGCCACAUUGGACAUCAUUUUGUAUUUAUAGACAGACGGUUGUUAAUGAUCAUUUUGGAUUGUCACAUUUUAAUUGGACAGUAGACGGUGUCAAUUAUCACAUUCUACGUACUGGUUGUUUUCCAUUCGUUAAAUAUCACUGCACCAAACGUCCACACCAAGAUUUAGUAUUUGAUGAUACAUUUUUUACUUGGUUAAAGUUUAUGAAUUUAGGUUUACCCACAUUAGCUUAUGGAGUAGCAUCUUGGAUGUUAAUUAGAAUAUCGGAAGAUAUCAUUACCUCAAAAGGUGUUGUUAGAAUAUACUUCUUAUUAAAAGAAGAUAAAGGUGCAGUUAACUAAUGCUCAAAGGGAAACAACUCCUUGAAGAAUCAAAAUGGUGCCACAAACAUAUGAAUUAACUUUUUUCUCUUCAAUAGUUCUAGUUUUGGUUCUAUUUGUUUUAGUAUUUUUGAUUUUAUCAUCGUGUGUUCGAUUUUUUAGAUGGAUUUUCGCUGUAAUUUGGAAUUUGAUGGGAAAUAAUCAAAGAAAAGAAGAAGAAGAACUUUAUACUAGACAUGUUGAAGAAGUGAAAAAAACUAACAUUAAAAAGGGAGAGUGAAAAGGAUGCAUAGAAAUUAUUUUUCUUAAAGAUGGGUUUCGGAAUUUUAAUUCUUUCAUAUAUAUUGGAAGGCAGUUACGUAUAGAAAGUAGAGUACAGGA